AUGCCAAAUUCUUUGUUCACGAUGGUCGUCAUCGCCGAUGGGCACGCGGUGCUGCCCGAAGGCAUGACGCACUUGCCGGACGGGGCGUUUCGCGGCCGCACCUCUCUCGUCUCGGUCGCCUUCCCGCGCAGCCUCGCCUCCAUCGGCAGCGGCGCCUUCGAGGGCUGCUCCUCGCUCGUCUCCAUCGACCUCCCCGCCAGCCUCGUCUCCAUCGGCAACCAGGCCUUUUACAGCUGUUCCUCCUUCAUCUCCAUAGACCUCCCUGCCAGCCUCACCUCCAUCGGCGACUUCGCCUUCCGCGACUGCUCCGCCCUCUCCUCCGUCACCUUCCCCGCCACCCUCACCUCCAUCGGCCGCAACGCCUUCGAGGGCUGCUCCGCCCUCGUCUCCGCCGCCUUCCCCGCCGGCCUCACCUCCAUCGGCAUCUGCGCCUUCGCCUUCUGCUCCUCCCUCGUCUCCGUCACCCUCCCCGCCGGCCUCACCUCCAUCGGCAUGUACGCCUUCAACAGCUGCGAGGCCCUCUCCUCCGUCACCUUCCCCGCCGGCCUUACAUCCAUCGACCACGGCGCCUUAUACGGCUGCUCCGCCCUCUCCUCCGUCACCUUCCCCGCUGGCCUCACCUCCAUCGGCAACAGCGCCUUCAACGGCUGCGAGGCCCUCGGCUCCGUCACCUUCCCCGCCGGCCUCACCUCCAUCGGCAUCUUCGCCUUCUCCCGCUGCUCCGCCCUCUCCUCCGUCACCUUCACCGCCAGCCUCACCUCCAUCGGCGGCUACGCCUUCUGCGGCUGCUCCUCCCUGACCCGCGUCACCGUGCCAGACACUGCCACGAUCGGCGACGAGGCUUUCGAACCUGAGACCACCGUCCUCCGCCUCACGCCCAAGAGAAUGCGCGACCUGCAGCGCUGGUACGAGGCGGUGGCUUUUGUUCUGGCCUACAAACGCUGCCGCCCCCUCCUCUACGGCUGGCUAGAGCGGGCCCAGACCAGGCUCGGCUCUUACGGCCCGGACGGCGCGGCGCGCCAGCGCGACCUCGAGGAGUUCGAGGGCGAUUUUGGGCUGCUUGUAGAGUGA